GCGUGAGUAACACGAAUCUCUCUUCAGUUUCAGAUGCCUCUGGAUGUUCAAUGAUAGCACUCCUCCAUACUGGAGCAGCAAAGUUUCCCCUACACUUUCUUCCAAGGGCGAGACAAGCUGUGUGCCUGCUUCUCCCUGCUGCUCUUCUCAAAGGGUACGGCUCCAUCAUAAGCAGGAAACUGGCGUCCCACGGCUUUGGAGCUUCCAUGGCAGCAAUGUCAUCCUUCCCUCCACAGAGAUAUCACUACUUCUUAGUGCUGGAUUUUGAGGCCACAUGUGAUAAACCACAGAUUCAUCCUCAGGAGAUCAUCGAAUUCCCUAUCCUGAAACUGAAUGGAAGGACGAUGGAAAUUGAAUCCACCUUUCACAUGUAUGUUCAGCCUGUGGUGCAUCCCCAGCUUACGCCCUUCUGUACAGAGCUGACUGGGAUUAUUCAAGGCAUGGUGGAUGGGCAGCCGAGCCUCCAGCAAGUGCUUGAGAGGGUCGACGAAUGGAUGGCAAAGGAAGGACUCUUAGAUCCCAGCGUCAAGUCGAUUUUUGUGACCUGUGGAGACUGGGAUUUGAAAGUGAUGUUACCAGGACAAUGCCAGUACUUAGGGCUGCCGGUUGCUGAUUACUUCAAACAGUGGAUUAAUCUGAAAAAGGCGUACAGCUUUGCCAUGGGGAGUUGGCCAAAGAAUGGACUCUUAGACAUGAACAAAGGACUGAACCUACAGCACAUAGGGAGGCCUCACAGCGGGAUAGGUAAGUGACCCAGUGCCGUGUUCUGC